AUGAAAAGAACAAAAUUAGGCAGAUCACUGGGUACAGCUACAAGUCCAUCCAAAAAGCACAAGAAAUUAGACAACAACAAUAGUGGGAAACUACUUAAAGUAACAGAAAAUGGGAACGUCGUGUUAUUGUUUGAGAUGAUGGAAGGUAGAUUACAAGCAAUAGCUGGAACAAGAGAGAAAUUAUUCGAGAGAUUGGCGGAUGAAACUGCAGAAGAUGAGGAAUAUAUUGAUACCUUUUUAAUGAACCAUGGUCAUUUUAUUCCUUCUAUCGAUUUCUUGAACAUGUUGAUUAAUCGAUUUCACCUCGAACCAUCUCCGGGUGAGCUAGAAUACUUUCAAAAAUGGCAAUUCUCUAUCCAAACAAAGUAA